UACCACCAACACGGUGUAUUUGUUCUCGCGUGUACCACCUGGUCUAACUUGGUCGUCGUCCGGAGGACGGAGCUCCAUUGAGGUGCGAGGCAGCCUUCGAGAGCACUCGACGAUUUGGUGUGCGGUGUCCUGCUAAGAAGGGACAUCGGCGACGUUCACCGCACAGUUGGAAGUAAAUAAGAAUAUCUCACCACGGCGACACCAAACCUCGCUACUCCCGAUCGCCGUCGACGGCCAGUCGCCGUUGGUUCGAAAAAAGGCACGAAAAUUCCGCGAAAAAUAGAUAUUGGGAUUAAUUGCGAGUGCCCGAAGAAGAAAAUAUAGGUUAUCAAACAUGUCCAAUAAAGACCCAGAGGUUCUAUGGUCGGAUAUAGCCAGCCGAAUUUUGAUAAAUGUGGUCUCUCAUCCUAUGGAAUAUGCCAAAGUUCUGAUACAGAUUGGACAUGAGCCAAUUCCACCUAAGCCAACUGUAACUUUAUUUGGAAGGCCAGCAUUAAAAUUACCCAAUAUUUUUGCAUAUGUUAAACACAUAAAAAGAGUGGAUGGUUUAACGGGUUGCUAUAGAGGCUUGGUGCCAAAACUGUGCUCCUACACAGUCAGCACAAUAGCAUCUCAAAAAACUGCGGAGUACCUGCAGUUGGACGUGGUGCAAAUCGAGGAAGAGGACGAAGAGGAUGAAAGCGUGAGACGUAGGAAAUGUUUACACGAGUUUACAAGGGACACAAUUAGUAGAAUAGUUGCGAUCGUAAUUAGUCAUCCUCUGGAAGUCAUUUCGUUAAGGAUGAUGGCGCAGUUUGUAGGUGGAGAAGUAAAAUAUAACGGUAUAUUCAGCUCGUUUGUGGAGAUCUACAGGGAGAACGGUUUCCUAGGAUACUAUGCAGGAUUGGUACCGCGUCUGAUAGCAAAUGUCUCCGUUUUGAUACUAGCUAGUGCCUCCACAUACGUCCUGAACAAUUACGUUGUUCACGAGCAAGCGAUGAAAGCGUACACCGCAUCGACUAUGAAAUUUCUAGCUACAACCGUCACGUAUCCGUUUCUGGUGGUGUCGCACUGCAUGGCAGUGAAUGACUGCGGAUUGGUAGCUGGUAUCCCGCCGCAGAUGCCGAUUUACAAGAACUGGCUGGAUUGCUGGUCUCAUCUGUCGGCUAACAACCAAUUGAAGAGAGGCAGCAGCCUGUUAUGGCGUUACUAUACUGGGCCGCAAGUGCUGGUGAACGGCAAGCUAGUACCGAUUAUGACUGAUGCUUUUUACAAAUCGGUACAAUAAUGAAUGUCGCAUUAACUGGACGGAAAGCUGUUACCAAACCGCAUACCGAUCGAUAGAUAGAAGAUAUAUAGCGACGUUAUGUUAUUCAUCAUAAAGGCAGUUACAUAUUACUACUUUUACAUCACUAGAACCGAUACGACGGGUUAAAUUUCUUUUUCAAAGGAAACAGCUUCUCUGUGAAAAAGGAAAGCUGAUAUAAUUCUAAGAAAUUAGACGAUGACGAAUUGAAUAUGGAAUAUAAACAUAUUUAACUAGCUGUUAAAUAUGCGUAUUUAUCCAUAUUGUUUCCGUCUUUCCGUUUAUAAAACAUGACGAAUCGUGAGAAAUAAUUUCUGAAAACACGAUGUAAAAAAAGCAACAUAUACAAAAUGUACUAAUUUGAAGUCAUAUCUGCCAAGUAUGUUCGUAUCGUUAUCGCAUUCAAGGGCGUAUUAAUUUUCGCUGAAAUUAUGGCAAAACUUCGAAUUGUACUAGUUAGUUUAGGCAACAGUAAUGAACAAGCAACAGACCAACAAAUUCCCACAAGUUGAAGCAGAUUCAAAUUUUAUUUUAUUUUAUAUUUGAUCAUGUAAAGCAGACUCGAAUUUUAUUUUAUUUUAUUUUUGAUUAUGUAAAAAAAAGUGCAGUGUAUCUUUCUGGUUACGUACGUACGAUCUUCUAUCGAGUCGAUUCUGCAUUUGUAAUAUUUUUCAAAUGUAUCAAAUACAAAUGUUACAUAAAAAAGUGCACUCUGUACGCCAACGUUUGUUAAGAAUAGUAUUAACGUAUCGUAACGAUUUCACGUUGUGUUUGUACAGCGUACAAUAUAGUUGUACAGUAUAUAUCCAUUAAGAAGGAUAACAGAAAAAUUCGAUGGCAACGAAUUUUCACAUAAUGUCGCGCGAGAAUUCCCCAUGCAUUAAAUAUGCUCGGAUUGCGUUAUUCUAGACGGAAUAACGAGUAAUUAUUCGUGAUCCGAUAUUUUCGAUAGAAGUGUAAGAAACAUGUACUACGCUUUCGUCACGAAAGAAAAUUGAAUGGAAAAUUAUACUUGUGGCGAACUAAUGGCACCUUAAGUCAUUAUCGAGGCGACAUCGCUAUUAUCCGUAAGAAAAAAAAGAAGCAUUAUGAAUAGAAGUACAUUCAGAAGCAUGAUGAGUUUCGAUUUUAUUUUUCGCACGUAUAUCACGAAGUGAAGUGGCAAUUGCUCUUCAUCAUCCCGAGAUAUAAAUGUCUCUACCUGUGCAAAUUCGCUAAAAAACUAAUCGAUCCCUGCGAUAGUACUACCCAGUAUUACUUCUCGAGUCGCGUUGUAAUGAGAAAACGAACCGAUCAAGAUUGCUCGAGAUAAUCGCGAUUGAGGCAGCAAGACAGAUAAAAAAGAUAAGUGCGUUGCAUUUUCUGAAACGUGCUUUUGUGACGGAUACGAGUGUAUAUUUUCAUUAUUUCAUUUCACUAUUAUAUAUUUAGUUAUUUAGUUAGUUAGUUAUUUAGUUAUUUUAUAUAUAUAUAUAGAACAAUUAUUCAUAUUCGUCUGGAAUUUGUACUUCUCUCAAGUAUUAUUUCAUAUUAGGAGAAGAAUGAAUACUUAGGAAAAGCUUUCAAUAGAAAGAAAGCGUCUUUCUUACGAUGAAAUCUUUAUCUACUCACUGCCUUGAAUUGUAACUGUAUUAUCAUAUAACUGUUAAAAUCAAUGAAAUCAAUAGAGCAACAUUGAAUUCCCCAAACGUAAAUUUGUAUAAUCCGCCUAUUAAUCUUAUACCUACCUAAGAUUAACAGGCAUCAUUACUCAACGGUUUUAUAGCGAUCAUCGACUUUAUUUUCAAUCACAAUAGCUUCGAGCUAUCCAGCAUCGGGUUUCGGAUCGCCGAGAUAUAACCGAGAUAAAUAUUAGGGAUAUAAGUGAAAAACUGGAGCAAAUGCUGCAUGAUUGCGCAAUAAAAAAAGUAAUGCUGGAAGAGAAGAAGCGGGAUGUGUUUUCGCUAUGUUGACAAUUAAGACUUUAUUGUUUCGACAAUUAAUUGGCUUACAAGUGCGUCCCGUGUCGGUAAUCGGUAGGAUUUUUAAUUGAGUAUUGCAUUCGCGUCAGCUUUCACAAACGUCUUCCUAUAUAUUUAUAUAUAUAUAUUUAUAUACUGUGCCCUACAGAAGGAGAGCAGCGGGUGGAAGGUAACACGGAAGAGAGCCUAAAGCUACGUCUCCCCCGGCCACUAACAACGUACACACGUAUAAAAAAAAUAUCGACUCGCGCUACGAUCUUAAGAGUGUUUGUACAGACACACACACAUUUAUCCUUCCUCCUCAGGCAUUUAAGUUUGAACUAUUAUUAUUAUUAUUAUUAUAGCUCGUCUGCACGAAAGUGGCUGGUUGAAUGUGAAUAAUGAACAGAGGGGUUGUGUGUGUACAGCGCGUCCCACGACCGGUCGUCUAUGCUCUUUCAGCGACAACAGAGGCGAAAUUUUAUUUGGGUGAUCGACAGCGAUUUACUUUCGUCAUUGAACAUUCUCGGGCGUUAGAUAUCCGAAAAACCGCCUAAUCUAGUCUCCGUUGAAGCUUCCUUUUGAGAAAGAACGAGAAUCGUAUUCUCAUCGUUGGAAUCGAGAUUGUUUCAUAUUAUUCUUUUCCUGUUUCAUAUUAUUCUUUUCAGAAAGAAAAUCAAAGUCGAGCGCAUCUUGAAAGUUCUCUCAUCGGCUAAAUGAAUUGCUUCUUUUUUUUCUUUUCAAUCAAACUAAUGGCAAAGAAAAGUUCAACUUUUGCGCGAUCUAUCAUCGAAGGACGAAUAUCAGUCUUGGGACGCACUGUAUCUCUAUAAUCGAUCGCUUGCUCAAUUAUUUCUAGUCGGAUCUACUGAAGCGGGGACUNCUCUCUCUCUCUCUCUCUCUCUCUCUCUCUCUCUCUCUCUCUCUCUCUCUCUCUCUCUCUCUCUCUGCCCGAAAAUAUUCCUACACUUUAACAAAGUAACGAUGUUUUCGCACUCUCGACCUAGCAAUAAAGUAAUCAUUGUACUUUUCUCUCACGUA